GUGGCGAGAUGUUCUGUAAAAAGUGCUGGCACUUUAUACAAGGUUCAGGGAUUCUUUCAGUGAUACACCAACCGACGGAGAAAUGAAUGACAGGAGAAACAUCCCCUUUCGAAUAUGUAAGAAAUUUUGUUUCCCAUGCUCGAUACUUCUGCUGUUCUCUUCCGCUGUUCUACUAUGCAACUCCCAUUAUGGCCGAUCUCUUUUCAAGUAUAGUAAAGAGUUGAUAAAGCCAAUCAGGAGCUUGAUUCAGAAUAAAACGGCACUCGUUACUCUUUUAACAAAUCCAAACAAAACAAAUUCACCCGAAGUAGUUCGAGCAUGGGCCGAUGUCAAUUCAGCAUCAUCCGAAGUUCAAAGAGGUUCACGACCGAAGAUUUCCACGGGUUCAAUUCUAAAGCCAGCUUUGGAAGCUCGGCCGAUCCAACGUGUUCAACCAGCGCCGUCCGAAAUCAAAACAGGAUCAAACCAAGAGCCUCAGUCGGAAGCCCGAUCUACUAGCGGCGUCCACUCCGUGUCAUCAAAAGUUAGGCCGAAGAAGGACCAAGAGGACCGAUCUCCUUCCGAGGUUCAUACAGUGUCACACUCAGUUCAGACAACUUCCAACUUUCGCUCAACAAAUCGUAAUUCCCCUGAGUUGCAACGGACUUUUCCGACCUCCACAAAUUCCCUUGAUGCGGUAUCGACGCCGCAACCCGAACGCCGCCGAAGUCUCCUAAUCUAUGGAGCCGACCGUUCAGGCACAACGAACACCCAACAGUUUAAUCUCAUCUUUUCUUCCAAAGGUAUUCUUAGAGAAUCCAGACACCGACAUCCGGGUUAUCCAGCUUAUCAGGGAUCCCAGAGCGAGUUUAAGAUCCCGGAUUAAGCUAGGGUGGAUGGUGGACUGGACGCAUUCAAGUUUUCCAAACUUAGUCAGAAAAAUUUGUUCAAACUUGGUCGCAAACAUCAAGUUUGGCCGAAACCUGGGCAAAUGGCAAGACAAGUAUUUAGAAGUUCACUACCACGAUCUAGCCGGAAAACCGCUGGAAACGACAAGAGCUGUGUAUAAUUUUGCAGGAUUUGAAAUGCCCGAUAGCAUUGCCGACUGGGUGGUUCGCAAUACUUCGCCGAGUAAAGAAGAACUGAUGAAGGAAAGUAAAAACAUAUUCUCACCAACUCGAAAUUCAACGGCUAAUAUUGAUAAGUGGAAGCAAGAUUCUCCAGUCGAAAGAAUUCAAAUAAUUGAGAAAUAUUGUAAAAAAGCACUUGAUCUUCUAGGACUGAAAAAAAUGCUAUAGAACAAAUAACAACUUCAAUUGAACCGAUUUGAAAAUGACACAGAUUUUCGUGGGAAAAAAUAACCUGCCAACAAAUGAAGAUAAACAAGUAAAUGAAGAUAAAGGAAAGGAAAACGAAUUAUAAACAAAACUGGAUCAAUUCUUUGAAUCACUUCACAGAGAUGUGACUGACUAGCCUACGUGUAGCCGUACCCUCCCCCCCAAAGUGAAAUGGUUCCGCGCUUCCGUUUCACUUUUGGGGGGGGGAGGGUAAGACUACACGUGGGCAAGUGACUGACAUGUAACUUCUCUUUACCAUCAAAAUAGGAUAUUUAGCAAAAAGGGGAGAAGCAGAAUUGACAAACUUCUCAGUUUUGAUGUAUAAACUUGAUGUAAAUCGCAAUUCUCUUUACUAAGUUAUAAAGCAAUACUGUAACAAAGUUACUUCUCUGGUGAUGAUUAGCUAAAAUAAUCUAAAUCAUUCCUUAUAUGCUUUUAGUUACUAGAGUAAAAAGUAAAUGAUUCUUUGCAAUGAUAUUAGAGGAUCAUCCUCUACAUACAAACA